GUGGAGGAGGAGGAGGCAGGGGGUGGAGAGAAAGAAAGCGCACGCCGAAAGGAGGUGUGGGUGUUUCUCUUCCAUCCUAACGGAACGAACUCCCUCUUCGCGGACAUGGGAUUGCCCAGCGGCUGCUAACCCCUCUCCUGGUCCUGCUCCCCCAAACCGGCGUGGCUCCCCGGUCACCAAGGAGCUGACUACAAGGGAGCACGAUUCGCAUCCUUGACUUGGCGUGCUUUGGCUGCAGAGUGCCUGACCUGGGUCAGGAUUUUCAACAAAGACAUGUCUGACAAAAUGUCUAGUUUCCUACAUAUUGGAGACAUUUGUUCUCUGUAUGCGGAGGGAUCUACCAAUGGAUUUAUCAGCACCUUGGGCCUGGUUGAUGAUCGUUGUGUUGUGCAGCCAGAAGCCGGGGACCUUAACAACCCACCCAAGAAAUUCAGAGACUGCCUCUUUAAGCUAUGUCCUAUGAAUCGAUACUCUGCACAGAAACAGUUCUGGAAAGCUGCUAAGCCCGGGGCCAACAGCACCACUGAUGCAGUGCUGCUCAACAAACUGCAUCAUGCUGCAGACUUGGAAAAGAAGCAGAAUGAGACAGAAAACAGGAAAUUGCUGGGCACUGUGAUCCAGUAUGGCAAUGUGAUCCAGCUCCUGCAUUUGAAAAGCAAUAAAUACCUAACUGUGAAUAAGAGGCUUCCGGCCCUGCUAGAGAAGAACGCCAUGAGAGUGACCUUGGACGAGGCUGGAAAUGAAGGGUCCUGGUUUUACAUUCAACCGUUCUACAAGCUGCGCUCCAUCGGAGACAGUGUGGUCAUAGGUGACAAGGUGGUCUUGAACCCCGUCAAUGCCGGCCAGCCUCUACAUGCCAGCAGCCAUCAGCUGGUGGAUAACCCAGGCUGCAAUGAGGUCAACUCCGUCAACUGCAACACAAGCUGGAAAAUAGUCCUUUUCAUGAAAUGGAGCGAUAACAAAGAUGACAUUUUAAAGGGAGGUGAUGUGGUGAGGCUCUUCCAUGCUGAGCAAGAGAAGUUUCUCACAUGUGAUGAGCACAGGAAGAAGCAGCAUGUCUUCCUGAGGACAACUGGCCGACAGUCAGCCACAUCAGCCACCAGCUCCAAAGCCCUGUGGGAGGUGGAGGUAGUCCAGCACGACCCAUGCCGGGGUGGAGCUGGGUACUGGAACAGCCUCUUCCGCUUUAAGCACCUGGCUACAGGGCAUUACUUGGCAGCAGAGGUAGACCCUGACUUUGAGGAAGAAUGCCUGGAGUUUCAGCCCUCAGUGGACCCUGACCAGGACGCAUCUAGGAGCAGGUUGAGAAAUGCCCAAGAAAAAAUGGUAUACUCUUUGGUCUCUGUGCCCGAAGGCAAUGACAUCUCCUCCAUCUUUGAGCUAGACCCCACAACUCUUCGUGGAGGUGACAGCCUUGUCCCAAGGAACUCCUAUGUCCGUCUCAGACACCUGUGCACAAACACCUGGGUUCACAGCACAAACAUUCCCAUUGACAAGGAGGAAGAGAAACCUGUGAUGCUGAAGAUCGGUACCUCUCCUCUGAAGGAGGACAAGGAAGCAUUCGCCAUAGUUCCUGUUUCUCCUGCUGAGGUUCGGGACUUGGACUUUGCCAAUGAUGCCAGCAAGGUGCUGGGCUCCAUUGCUGGGAAAUUGGAAAAGGGCACCAUCACCCAGAACGAAAGAAGGUCUGUCACUAAGCUGCUGGAAGACUUGGUUUACUUUGUCACGGGUGGAACUAACUCUGGCCAAGACGUGCUUGAAGUAGUCUUCUCCAAGCCCAACAGAGAGCGGCAGAAGCUGAUGAGGGAACAAAAUAUUCUCAAGCAGAUCUUCAAGCUGUUACAGGCCCCCUUCACAGACUGUGGGGAUGGGCCGAUGCUUCGGCUGGAAGAGCUGGGGGACCAGCGCCAUGCUCCUUUCAGACAUAUCUGCCGACUCUGCUACAGGGUCUUAAGACACUCACAGCAAGACUACAGGAAGAACCAGGAGUACAUAGCCAAGCAGUUUGGCUUCAUGCAGAAGCAGAUUGGCUAUGAUGUGCUGGCUGAAGACACCAUCACUGCCCUGCUCCACAAUAACCGGAAACUCCUGGAAAAGCACAUCACCGCGGCGGAGAUCGACACAUUCGUCAGCCUGGUGCGAAAGAACAGGGAGCCCAGGUUCCUGGAUUACCUCUCCGACCUCUGUGUGUCCAUGAACAAGUCCAUCCCGGUGACUCAGGAGCUCAUUUGUAAAGCUGUGCUGAAUCCCACCAAUGCUGACAUCCUGAUUGAGACCAAGUUGGUUCUUUCUCGCUUUGAGUUUGAAGGCGUUGCCACUGGAGAGAAUGCUCUGGAAGCUGGAGAGGACGAGGAAGAGGUGUGGCUGUUCUGGAGGGACAGCAGCAAAGAGAUCCGUAGUAAGAGUGUCAGGGAAUUGGCCCAAGAUGCUAAAGAGGGCCAGAAGGAAGACCGGGACAUCCUCAGCUACUACAGGUAUCAGCUUAAUCUCUUCGCAAGGAUGUGUCUGGACCGCCAGUACCUGGCUAUCAAUGAAAUAUCUGGCCAGCUGGAUGUUGAUCUUAUUCUCCGCUGUAUGUCCGAUGAGAACCUACCCUACGACCUCAGGGCAUCCUUUUGCCGCCUCAUGCUUCACAUGCAUGUGGACCGAGAUCCUCAGGAGCAAGUGACCCCUGUGAAAUAUGCCCGUCUGUGGUCAGAAAUUCCCUCCGAGAUCGCCAUUGAUGACUACGACAGCAGUGGAGCAUCCAAAGAUGAAAUUAAGGAGAGGUUCGCUCAGACGAUGGAAUUUGUGGAGGAGUAUUUAAGAGAUGUGGUUUGUCAGAGAUUCCCCUUCUCUGAUAAGGAGAAAAAUAAGCUUACGUUUGAGGUUGUGAACUUAGCCAGGAACCUCAUAUACUUUGGUUUCUACAAUUUUUCUGACCUUCUCCGAUUAACCAAGAUCCUCUUGGCAAUAUUAGACUGUGUCCACGUGACCACCAUCUUCCCCAUUAGCAAGAUGGCAAAAGGCGAAGAGACUAAAGGUAACAAUGAUGAGGAGAAGCUGAAGAGCAGUAAUGUGAUGCGAUCUAUCCAUGGAGUUGGGGAGCUCAUGACCCAGGUGGUGCUUCGGGGAGGAGGCUUUUUGCCCAUGACUCCCAUGGCUGCUGCCCCUGAAGGCAAUGUGAAGCAGGCAGAGCCAGAGAAGGAGGACAUCAUGGUCAUGGACACCAAGUUGAAGAUCAUUGAAAUACUCCAGUUUAUUUUGAACGUGCGGCUGGAUUAUAGGAUCUCCUGCCUCCUGUGUAUAUUUAAGCGGGAGUUCGAUGAAAGCAAUUCCCAGACCUCGGAAACAUCCUCCGGGAACAGCAGCCAAGAAGGGCCAAGUAAUGUACCAGGUGCUCUUGACUUUGAACACAUUGAAGAGCAAGCAGAAGGCAUCUUUGGAGGAAGGCAAGUUGAGGAGAACACACCACUGGACUUGGAUGACCAUGGUGGCAGAACCUUCCUCAGGGUCCUGCUCCACUUGACAAUGCACGACUACCCACCUCUGGUAUCUGGGGCCCUGCAGCUCCUCUUCCGGCACUUCAGCCAGAGGCAGGAGGUCCUUCAGGCCUUCAAGCAGGUUCAACUGCUGGUUACCAGCCAAGAUGUGGACAACUACAAGCAGAUCAAGCAAGAUUUGGACCAACUGCGGUCCAUUGUGGAAAAAUCUGAGCUGUGGGUGUACAAAGGCCAGGGUCCCGAUGAGACCAUGGAUGGUGCCUCUGGUGAAAAUGAACAUAAGAAGACUGAGGAGGGGAGCAGCAAGCCACAAAAGCAUGAAAGCACCAGCAGCUACAACUACCGAGUGGUGAAAGAGAUUUUGAUCCGACUUAGCAAGCUGUGUGUGCAAGAGAGCGCCUCGGUGAGGAAGAGCAGGAAGCAGCAGCAGCGGCUGCUGAGGAACAUGGGUGCGCAUGCUGUGGUGCUGGAGCUGCUGCAGAUCCCCUACGAGAAGGCCGAAGACACCAAGAUGCAGGAGAUAAUGAGGCUGGCUCAUGAAUUCCUGCAGAAUUUCUGUGCAGGCAACCAGCAGAAUCAAGCCUUGCUGCAUAAGCACAUAAACCUGUUUCUCAACCCAGGGAUCCUGGAGGCAGUGACCAUGCAGCACAUCUUCAUGAACAACUUCCAGCUGUGCAGUGAGAUCAACGAGAGAGUGGUCCAGCACUUCGUCCACUGCAUCGAGACCCACGGUCGCAAUGUCCAGUACAUAAAGUUUCUCCAGACCAUUGUCAAGGCAGAAGGGAAAUUCAUUAAAAAGUGCCAAGACAUGGUCAUGGCUGAGCUUGUCAAUUCUGGAGAGGAUGUCCUCGUGUUCUACAAUGACAGAGCCUCUUUCCAGACUCUGAUCCAGAUGAUGCGGUCCGAGCGUGACCGGAUGGAUGAGAAUAGCCCUCUCAUGUACCAUAUCCAUCUGGUGGAGCUCUUGGCUGUGUGCACAGAGGGCAAGAAUGUGUACACAGAGAUCAAGUGCAACUCCUUGCUCCCGCUUGAUGACAUCGUUCGUGUGGUCACUCAUGAAGACUGCAUCCCCGAGGUUAAAAUUGCUUACAUUAACUUCCUCAAUCACUGCUAUGUGGACACAGAGGUGGAAAUGAAGGAGAUUUACACAAGCAAUCACAUGUGGAAAUUGUUUGAGAAUUUCCUCGUGGACAUCUGCAGGGCCUGUAACAACACGAGUGACAGGAAGCACGCAGACUCGAUUCUGGAGAAGUACGUCACUGAAAUCGUGAUGAGCAUUGUCACAACCUUCUUCAGCUCUCCCUUCUCAGACCAGAGUACCACUCUGCAGACGCGCCAGCCUGUCUUUGUGCAACUCCUGCAAGGUGUCUUCAGGGUUUACCACUGCAACUGGUUAAUGCCGAGCCAGAAGGCCUCCGUGGAGAGCUGUAUCCGGGUGCUCUCUGAUGUAGCCAAGAGCCGGGCCAUAGCCAUUCCUGUUGACCUGGACAGCCAAGUCAACAACCUCUUCCUGAAGUCACACAACAUUGUUCAGAAAACAGCCAUGAACUGGCGGUUAUCAGCCCGCAACGCUGCUCGAAGAGACUCUGUUCUAGCCGCUUCCAGAGACUACCGAAAUAUCAUCGAGAGAUUGCAGGACAUCGUGUCUGCCCUGGAGGACCGCCUCCGGCCCCUGGUCCAGGCUGAGUUGUCUGUGCUGGUGGAUGUUCUGCACAGACCAGAACUGCUUUUCCCUGAGAACACAGAUGCCCGGAGGAAAUGUGAAAGUGGUGGUUUCAUUUGCAAGCUAAUAAAGCAUACCAAGCAGCUGCUAGAGGAGAAUGAAGAGAAACUGUGCAUUAAAGUCUUACAGACCCUCAGGGAAAUGAUGACUAAAGAUAGAGGCUAUGGAGAAAAGCAAAUUUCCAUUGAUGAAUUGGAAAAUGCCGAGCUACCACAGGCACCGGAAGCUGAGAACUCCACAGAGCAGGAGCUUGAACCAAGUCCACCCCUGAGGCAACUGGAAGACCAUAAAAGGGGUGAGGCACUCAGGCAGAUCUUGGUCAACCGUUACUAUGGAAACAUCAGACCUUCGGGAAGAAGAGAGAGCCUUACAAGCUUUGGCAAUGGCCCGCUAUCGCCAGGAGGACCCAGCAAGCCUGGGGGAGGAGGGGGAGGUCCUGGAUCCAGUUCCACGAGCAGGGGCGAGAUGAGCCUGGCUGAAGUUCAGUGUCACCUCGACAAGGAAGGAGCCUCCAAUCUGGUCAUCGACCUCAUAAUGAAUGCAUCUAGUGACCGAGUGUUCCAUGAAAGCAUUCUCCUGGCCAUUGCACUUCUGGAAGGAGGCAACACCACCAUCCAGCACUCCUUUUUCUGCCGGUUGACGGAAGAUAAGAAAUCAGAGAGGUUCUUCAAGGUCUUUUAUGACCGAAUGAAGGUGGCCCAGCAGGAAAUCAAGGCAACAGUGACCGUGAACACCAGCGACUUGGGAAACAAAAAGAAAGACGAUGAAGUGGACAGGGAUGCCCCAUCCCGGAAGAAAGCCAAAGAGCCCACAACACAGAUAACAGAAGAGGUCCGGGAUCAGCUCCUGGAAGCAUCUGCUGCCACCAGGAAAGCCUUCACCACCUUCCGGAGGGAGGCCGACCCUGAUGACCAUUACCAGUCUGGGGAGGGCACCCAGGCUACAACCGACAAAACCAAGGAUGACCUAGAGAUGAGUGCGGUCAUCACCAUCAUGCAGCCCAUCCUGCGCUUCCUGCAGCUCCUGUGUGAAAACCACAACCGAGAUCUGCAGAAUUUCCUUCGUUGCCAAAAUAACAAGACCAACUACAACUUGGUGUGUGAGACACUGCAGUUUCUGGACUGCAUCUGUGGGAGCACAACCGGGGGCCUUGGUCUCCUCGGACUCUACAUCAACGAGAAGAACGUAGCUCUUAUCAACCAGACCCUGGAGAGUCUGACUGAGUACUGCCAAGGGCCUUGCCACGAGAACCAGAACUGCAUCGCCACCCACGAGUCCAAUGGCAUCGAUAUCAUCACAGCCCUCAUCCUCAAUGACAUCAACCCUCUGGGAAAGAAGCGGAUGGACCUUGUGUUAGAACUGAAGAACAAUGCUUCGAAGCUACUCCUGGCCAUCAUGGAAAGCAGACACGAUAGUGAAAACGCAGAGAGGAUUCUGUACAACAUGAGGCCCAAGGAGCUGGUGGAGGUGAUCAAGAAAGCCUACAUGCAAGGUGAAGUGGAAUUUGAGGAUGGGGAAAAUGGUGAGGAUGGAGCUGCCUCCCCCAGGAAUGUGGGCCACAACAUCUACAUACUCGCUCACCAGUUGGCUCGGCAUAACAAAGAACUUCAAACCAUGCUGAAACCUGGAGGACAGGUGGAUGGUGAUGAAGCUUUAGAGUUCUAUGCAAAGCACACGGCACAAAUUGAGAUUGUCAGACUGGACCGAACAAUGGAACAGAUUGUCUUCCCCGUGCCCAGCAUCUGUGAAUUCCUGACUAAGGAAUCCAAACUGCGAAUAUAUUACACCACAGAGCGGGAUGAGCAAGGCAGCAAGAUCAAUGACUUCUUCCUGCGCUCCGAGGACCUCUUCAAUGAAAUGAACUGGCAGAAGAAACUUCGAGCCCAGCCUGUCUUGUACUGGUGUGCCCGAAACAUGUCCUUCUGGAGCAGCAUCUCCUUCAACCUGGCCGUCCUAAUGAACCUGCUGGUGGCAUUUUUCUACCCAUUUAAAGGAGUGCGGGGAGGAACGUUAGAGCCACACUGGUCAGGCCUCCUGUGGACAGCCAUGCUCAUCUCUCUGGCAAUCGUCAUUGCUCUGCCCAAGCCCCAUGGCAUUCGGGCCUUAAUCGCUUCCACAAUCCUACGAUUGAUAUUUUCUGUUGGGUUACAGCCUACACUGUUUCUUCUGGGAGCUUUCAAUGUCUGCAAUAAAAUCAUCUUCCUGAUGAGCUUUGUGGGCAACUGUGGGACGUUCACCAGAGGCUACCGAGCCAUGGUUCUGGAUGUGGAGUUCCUCUAUCAUCUGCUGUACCUGCUGAUCUGUGCCAUGGGCCUCUUCGUACACGAGUUCUUCUAUAGUUUGCUGCUUUUUGAUUUAGUGUACCGAGAAGAGACUUUGCUUAAUGUCAUUAAGAGUGUCACCCGAAAUGGACGGUCCAUCAUCUUGACAGCAGUCCUGGCUCUGAUCCUGGUUUACCUGUUCUCAAUAGUGGGCUAUCUGUUCUUCAAGGAUGAUUUUAUCUUGGAAGUAGACAGGCUGCCCAAUGAAACAGCUGUUCCAGAAACUGGCGAGAGCUUGGCAAGCGAUUUCCUGUACUCCGACGUGUGCAGGGUGGAGACGGGGGAGAACUGUACCUCUCCUGCACCCAAAGAAGAGCUGCUCCCUGCAGAAGAAACGGAACAGGACAAGGAGCACACGUGUGAGACGCUGCUCAUGUGCAUCGUCACUGUUCUGAGUCACGGGCUGCGAAGUGGGGGUGGAGUAGGAGAUGUGCUCAGGAAGCCAUCCAAAGAGGAGCCUCUGUUUGCCGCAAGGGUGAUCUACGACCUGCUGUUCUUCUUCAUGGUCAUCAUCAUCGUCCUAAACCUGAUUUUUGGGGUCAUCAUCGACACCUUUGCUGACCUGAGGAGUGAGAAACAGAAGAAAGAAGAGAUCUUAAAGACCACAUGCUUCAUCUGUGGCUUAGAAAGAGACAAGUUUGACAAUAAGACUGUCACCUUUGAAGAGCACAUCAAAGAAGAACACAACAUGUGGCACUAUCUGUGCUUCAUCGUGCUGGUGAAAGUGAAAGACUCCACAGAAUACACCGGACCAGAGAGCUACGUGGCCGAGAUGAUCAGGGAAAGAAACCUCGAUUGGUUCCCCAGGAUGAGAGCCAUGUCCCUGGUCAGCAGUGAUUCUGAAGGGGAGCAGAACGAGCUGAGGAACCUGCAGGAGAAGCUGGAGUCCACCAUGAAGCUGGUCACCAAUCUUUCUGGCCAACUGUCGGAACUAAAGGACCAGAUGACAGAGCAGAGGAAGCAGAAGCAAAGAAUCGGCCUUCUAGGACAUCCUCCUCACAUGAAUGUCAACCCACAGCAGCCAGCCUAAAGCCAACAAGACGGAGGGACUGUACUCACCCUUUCUAAAUUAUUAUCGGCGUGGGUAUGGCUCAUUAGUUCUCAUUCACCCACUAAGGUUACAUGUGCGCUUAGUACAUUUGUAAAUACUCAGUUUUGUAUUGUAUGUAUAUGAUUGCUACUCUCAGAGGUUUGGACUUAACGUAUUGUAAUUAGCUCUGUUGGCAUGGUGACCUGUCACUGGGGCCAAAAAUGUUAAAAAUGCCUUUUUUGGAAGGACUCCAGAAAGUACCUGAUUUGCACUUGAACCAGAUUAUAGAUUUAAAAGUAUAUGACAUGUAUUUUGUAUUUAAAGCUAGAAUAGCCAGUAUUUAUGUUUUUUAUAAAACUGUGCAAUACAAAUUAUGCAAUCACCAUAACUUUGUAACUCCUGGGUGUCCUCAAGGAGUGCGCGUCUCUGAAGCUGAUAUGUUAAUACUGAUGUAAUAAAUGGUUAAAUAUCGAA